UAAAUCCAGUCAUUUUGCUGGAUGUUUUGCCCCUCAGUCCGGCCGGGGGUUGUUCCGAACGGGAAGUGACGUCAAUGCAGACCCUCUAUUCGGACAUACUGCCCCUCUGAGAUUUAGGACGCAGCCAAGAAGUUUCUUGACUCCAUUUUGUUGCUGUUGGAAAAGGGGAAAAAAACUUCAACACCAGACAGAAACGGUGAUAUUAAUGUCAAACCUGGACUGUUGACUGAAAGAGUGUCAGUAAUUCCAGCAGAAGAGAUCAGCAUCUUCAGGACUCAGCUGUGUGUCCAUGAGCUGUCUGUGUUUACACUAAUAUUCAAACAUGGAGACCCCUGACCUGGACACAGAUAAUGUGACUCCACCCUCAAACAACCAUAAACUACAGAGAAAGAGAUCAGACUCACCAGAACCCAGCUGUGUCUCCAUGAAGAGCGAUGCGUCUAUGGAUCCUCCUCGGAACUUUAGAAAUAGAGACUCCUCACCUGACAACAGUAAACUACAGAGAAAGAGAUCAGACUCCCCAGAACCCAGCUGUGUCUCCAUGAAGAGUGAUGCGUCUAUGGAUCCUCCUCGGAACUUUAAAAAUGGAAACCCCUCGUCUGUACACAGUAAACUACAGAGAAAGAGAUCAGACUCACCAGAACCCAGCUGUGUCUCCAUGAAGAGCGAUGCGUCUAUGGAUCCUCCUCGGAACUUUAGAAAUAGAGACUCCUCACCUGACAACAGUAAACUACAGAGAAAGAGAUCAGACUCCCCAGAACCCAGCUGUGUCUCCAUGAAGAGUGAUGCGUCUAUGGAGUCUCCUCUGACCUUUAGAAAUAAAGACUCCUCAUCUGUACACAGGAGAUCAGACUCACCAGAACCCAGCUGUGUCUCCAUGAAGAGUGAUGCGUCUAUGGGUCAUCCAGAGAACUUUAGAAAUGAAGACUCCUCAUCUGUACACAGUGUUCUACAGAAGUCAGGAGACAGAAGAGAAAAGAACAUCAUCACAGCUACAGGACACGACCCGGAACCUGCUGCUGUAAAUGACUUCCAGAAAAAGUUCAAAUUAAAUCUGGUGAAGAAGUUUCAGUGUUUAAAUGGGGUGAUGAUAAACCCGGAAAACCGAACACUCCUGAAUGAGAUCUACACAGAGCUCUACAUCACCGAGGGAGACAUUGGAGACGUCACUAAAGAACAUGAAGUGAGACAGAUCGAGGCAGCAUCCAGGAGAAUAACAACAGAGGAAACACCAAUCAAAUGUAAUGACAUCUUUAAGCCUUUACCUGAUCAAGACAAACCCCUCAGAACUGUGCUGACAAAGGGAGUCGCUGGCAUCGGAAAAACAGUUUCUGUGCAGAAGUUCAUUCUGGACUGGGCUGAAGGGAAAGUAAAUCAGGACGUCCAGCUCAUGUUUCCACUUCCUUUCAGAGAGCUGAAUUUGAUGAAGGACCAGAAACUGAGUCUGAUGGAUCUCCUUCAUGUCUGUUUUAAUGAAAUAAAAGAAACAGAAAUGUCCAGUUUGGAAAAGGUUCUGUUUAUUUUUGACGGAUUGGACGAGUAUCGUUUUCCUCUGGAUUUCCAGAACACAGUGAGAGUGUGUGAUGUAACUGAAUCAGCAUCAGUGCAUGUGCUGCUGAUAAACCUGAUCAAAGGGAAUCUGCUUCCCUCUGCUCUCAUCUGGAUCACCUCCCGACCAGCAGCAGCUGAUCAAAUCCCCUCUGAGUGUGUCCAUCGAGUCACAGAGGUACGAGGGUUCAAUGACCCACAGAAGGAGGAGUACUUCAGGAAGAGGAUCAGUGAUCAGAGCCUGGCCAAUAACAUCAUCACACACCUGAAGUCAUUAAGAAGCCUCUACAUCAUGUGCCACAUCCCAGUCUUCUGCUGGAUUUCAGCCACUGUUCUAGAGAGAAUGUUGGAUGAAGCAGAGAGUGGAGAGAUGCCCAAGACUCUGACUCAAAUGUACACAUAUUUCCUCAUCAUUCAGACAAACAUCAUAAGAGAAAAGUACUCAAAGAAGCAGGAGAGUGAUGAAGAAAUGCUUCUCAAACUGGGACAACUGGCUUUUCAGCAGCUGAUGAAAGGCAACCUGAUCUUCUAUGAGGAAGACCUGAGAGAGUGUGGCAUUGAUGUGAGAGAAGCAGCAGUGUACUCAGGUGUGUGUACGCAGAUCUUCAGAGAAGAGUUUGGGCCUCACCAGAGUAAAGUGUACUGCUUUGUUCAUCUGAGCAUUCAGGAGCAUCUCGCAGCUCUGUAUGUGCACCUGACAUUCAUGAAGGAAAAGAGAAAUGUUCUUAUACAGAGUCGGGUCUUUAAGACAAUUUCAGAUGUCCACAAGAGUGCUGUAUAUCAGGCCUUAAAGAGUCAGACUGGACAUCUGGAUCUUUUCCUUCGUUUUCUUCUGGGUCUCUCACUGGAGUCCAAUCAGAAACUCUUACAUACCUUAGUAACACACACAGGAAAUAUCUCCCAGACAGGAAAGGGGGACACAGUACAGUACAUCAAGGAGAAGAUCAGUAGAAAUCCCCCUACAGAGAAAUCCAUCAAUCUGUUCCACUGUCUGAAUGAACUGGAGGACAAUUCUCUAGUGGAGGAAAUCCAACGCUACCUGAAAUCUGGAAAACAAAGUGAACUCUCUUCUUCACAGUGGUCUGCUCUGGUGUUUGUCUUACUGACAUCAGCAGAGGAGCUGGAGGAAUUUGACCUGAGUAAAUAUAUCUCUACAGAUAAAAUAAGAGAUGAGAUUCUUGUGAAGGUGAUGCCUGUGAUUGCAGCAUCCAGAAAAGCAAUUAUCAGGUGUGAUACAAUUCAAAAAAGUGGUUGGUCAGCUCUGGCCUCAGUGCUCAGCUCAGAAACCUCCAAUCUGAGAGAACUGCAUCUGACUGUGGAUACACUGGAUCUGUCUGGGAAUAAACUAGGAGACUCAGGAGUGAAGCGUCUCUCUGCUCCACUGGAGAAUCCUCAGUGUAAAGUAAAAAAUCUGAAGUUGCGUAAUUGUGGUGUCUCAAGUAAAGGCUGUUCUGGUCUGACUUCAGCUCUGAGAUCAAACCCCUCACACCUGAGAGAACUGCAUCUGUCUGGGAAUUAUCUAGGAGACUCAGGAGUGAAGAGUCUCUCUGCUGGACUGGAGAAUCCUCACUGUAAACUGGAGAUACUGAAGUUGGAGUAUUGUGAUAUCUCAGAUGAAGGCUGUGCUGCUCUGGUUGCAGCUCUGAGAUCAAACCCCUCACACCUGAGAAAACUGGAUCUGUCUAUAAAUAAACUAGGAGAAUCAGGAGUGAAGAGUCUCUCUGCUGUACUGGAGAAUCCUCUCUGUAAACUGGAGAAACUGAACUUGCGUGAGUGUGGUAUCAUAGAUGAAGGCUGUGCUGCUCUGACUUCAGCUCUGAGAUCAAACCACUCACACCUGAGAGAACUGGAUCUGUCCUGGAAUAAACUAGGAGACUCAGGAGUGAAGAGUCUUUCUGCUGGACUGGACAAUCCUCACUGUAAACUGGAGAUACUGGGGUUGCGUGGUUGUGAUAUCUCAGGUGAAGGCUGUGCUGCUCUGACUUCAGCUCUGAGAUCAAACCCCUCACACCUGAGAGAACUGGAUCUGUCUAAGAAUAAACUAGGAGACUCAGGAGUGAAGAGUCUCUCUGCUGUACUGGAGAAUCCUCACUGUAAACUGGAGAAACUGAAGUUGCGUUAUUGUGGUAUCUCAGAUGAAGGCUGUGCUGCUCUGACUUCAGCUCUGAGAUCAAACCCCUCACACCUGAGAGAACUGGAUCUGUCCUGGAAUAAAAUAGGAGAAUCAGAAGAGGAGUAUCUCUCUGCUCUGAAGAAUGAUGAACAUUACAAACUACAGAUACUGAGGUGA